AUGGCACCUUUACCACCUACCUAUCACACUUUUGAUGAGAGCCGAGGACUCAUUCCUAUCAAGACGCUUGAAAAGACUAUUGGCAAAACCUUGUCAAAGCUUUAUCUCUAUGCGGGUCGUUUAUCACCAGCACCACGACGAGGCCGAUCUUCGGUUCAAGAUUUUGGAAAGGGUUGUCUUUUCCAAGUAUGCGAGUUGCUUGAUUCAUUUCAAGAAUACAAAAAGAAUCGGUAUGGUUAUACCACUGUACCUGUGGGCGAUUUGAUGCCGCUCGAUCAGUAUGCUUCCCUUGAUACACCCUUGCUGGGUAUUCAGUUGACUCAAUUACAAGGCGGCCAGGUGCUUGCGUUCUCGUUUCUUCAUCGCAUGUCCGAUGGUUUGGCUGAUGCUACCUUUAUUACCUGCUUGAGCUGUACUUUGCAUAACGAAGAUCCGCCCAUUGAAAUGUACUAUGAUUGGCAACGCCCACCCUUCCAACCUAGCCCCAAAUACGACCACAGCAUUGAUUAUCCUGUGAUGAGUGAAACCUACAAACGUCCAACCAUGAAACUUGAUCAUGACAUGAAGUGCAUCUUUGUGAUUGAUGAUGAUAAGGCAAAUGAACUCAAACGUCAAAUGGAACAAGAAAUACAAGAUCAUGAUUUCAAUAUCACGGUACGUGAUGCUGUUACUGCCUUCAUGUAUCGGGUCAUUGUCAAGGCAAAGAGGAUCAAGGGAAAAUGCGAUUUUGUCUAUGUGGUUGGAAAGCGUCAUGCACAUCCCGAUAAACGGCUUCUGCAGCACUUUGGAAACUAUUUUGCUUAA